AUGCCCCGAAUACACACACCUGUUUCAUACACCGGGGGUUUGGUAGAUCACAUUUUUUACCUUCCCAUUUGGACAGAAUGCGUUCGUAAAUUCUUCUCUCUCCCCGCUUUCUUGAUCUAUCUAUCUAUCUAUCUAUCUAUCUAUCUAUCUAUCUAUCUAUCUAUCUAUCUAUCUAUCUCUUUCUCUCUCUCAUUUGUUCCUAUCUAUCUAUCUAUCUAUCUAUCUAUCUAUCUAUCUAUCUAUCUAUCUAUCUAUCUAUCUCAGUCUUUUCAUCAUCUAUUGACAACCCUCCCUUCAUUAUCUAUCUAUCUAUCUAUCUAUCUAUCUAUCUAUCUAUCUAUCUAUCUAUCUAUCUAUCUAUCCGAGUGUAACAGCAAAAUUAUUUUAAUUUUGUGUCUUUCAUUUAUUUCAUCACAUCACUUACUUAAUUCAAUUGUUUAUAUCUAUCUAUCUAUCUAUCUAUCUAUCUAUCUAUCUUUUCAUGUCAAUGAAUCUAUCUAUCUAUCUAUCUAUCUAUCUAUCUAUCUAUCUAUCUAUCUAUCUUUAUAUGCCAUAUAUCUAUCAAUCUAUUUAUCUAUCUAUCUGAUGAAUUCUCCCCACAAAUCUAUUUCAUUCAUAUCUCUUUGUCUGCUUAUCUAUCUAUCUCAGUCUGUUAAUAUCUAUCUAUCUUUCUAUCUCAGUCUGUUAAUAUCUAUCUAUCUAUCUAUCUAUCUAUCUAUCUAUCUAUCUAUCUAUCUAUCUAUCUAUCUAUCUAUCCAAGACAUCAUAGUCGGGGAGGAAAGUUUUGUUGUACUAAUAUUAAGAUAG